UGAUUAUCAAACUAUGGAUGAGGAGAGUCCAUGCAUAACUACCACAAGUUUAAAGAUAUACUUCACCUUCGAAGAAAUACUUGCAAGCAUUUCCCUUCUCUAGAUCUCUCUCACCAUCUGCGACUGAAUCUUGCAACAAAUCUCUCUGUGUGAAACCAUGGCUGCUGCCAUCAAUGUUCUUGUGCAAAACAUGUUCAACGUUAUGAAGGAAGACUACUUUCUAGUGGAAGGUCUUGAUGGAGAUGCCCAACAACUUCAGACGACUUUAAGAUUGAUUCAAGCAUACGUGGAUGACGCUGCGAAUAAAUCCAUCACUGAAAAGGCUGUCCAAGUAUGGUUGACUAAGCUUGAAGAUGUGGCUUUCAAUGCUGAUAAUGUCUUGGACAAACUCAGCUAUACUCUUCUCCAAAAAAAAGUGAAUGAAAUGAAGGCACCCAAUCCCAGUUCCAAGGCAUUGGUUAAGUUGCUGCUAUCAUGCUUCUCAGCCUUUACUGACAUGUUACACCGGCGUAAUAUGGCUCACACAAUCAAGAAUAUCAAUGCGGAUUUUGAGUCUAUGAACAAAAGGGCAACAUGCCUUGGCCUUCAAAGCAUACUUCUGAAUGCACCUGUUGCUGCUCCUACUUCUAUUGAUACUAAUUCAAUCACGUGUGAUCCAAUCUUUGUCGGAAGAGAUGAUGAUGUGUCUGAAGUAGUUGACGUGCUGACCCAUAUCCCCCAAGAUCAGAUCAUUUCCAUCGUUGCUCUUGUCGGAAUGGGGGGUAUGGGGAAGACCACGUUGACUCGGAAUGUCUUCAAUCAUGAAAGGCUAAAGACAUUUGGAUCACGUAUUUGGGUUCAUGUUUCUCAAACUUUUGAUCCAAUCAGUCUUUACAACAAAAUCCAUUCAACAUUGGCUUCAACUAACGGUGAUAGAGUUGAGCGAGUUGAGCAUGAGGAAGCUAUCAUGAACAAGCUUCAAGAAGAUCUCAGGUCUAAAACUUAUCUUCUUGUUCUUGACGAUGUUUGGAAUGAAGAUAUUCCGAAAUGGGAAGGUUUUAUAAAUAACAUGAAGGGAGUUUCUUCUACCAAGGGAAAUGGUAUUAUCAUCACUACCAGGAUGGUAAAUGUUGAUUCAAUUGUUGACCCAUUUCGUAUUCAUCGAGUGAAUGGCUUAUCAGAUGAACAAUGCUGGUCCAUAAUCAAAACAAGAUCUUUUGAUGAAAAUGUAGAAGUUCCAUCAGGAUUUGAGACGAUUGGGAAAGAGAUUGCAAAGAGAUGUCAGGGUUUGCCCUUGGCUGCCAAUGUGGUUGGGGGUGUGCUUCGUCGCUGUAAAUCCAUACAAUAUUGGCGCUCCAUCAAAGAAAAUUGGCUUUCGGAUGGUGAAGGAGGUGAGGAUAUCUCAAAAAUAUUGAAAUUGAGCUAUGAUCAUCUGUCUUCGCCAUCACUCAAGAAGUGCUUCGCUUUCUGUUCGAUUUUCCCCAAAGGUUGGAUAAUCAAGAAGGAUGAGCUUAUUGAACUAUGGAUGGCAGAAGGGUUUCUUCAACCUAGCCGAAGAGAUGAUAUGGAAUCUGUGGGAUACAUGUUUUUUAAUGUGCUUCUACAGAACUCUUUGUUGCAAGCUGCAGAGGGAGUUUAUCGUGGAAGGGAAAAAAACUAUGUGAUGCACGAUCUUGUGCAUGAUCUUGCAUCUUCUAAUAAUAAUGCAGAUGGCAGCGCUCUAGUUCGAUACACGUUUCAUGAAAAAGAAUCAAGUCAUAUUCCAGAAGAAGUAUCCAGGAAUUUGCGUACAUUAUGCUUGGGAUAUGGAACUUCUGUUACCAUAUUUUCUGACUUCAAAUGUCUGCAUAAUCUAACUCUUUAUGGUCGUAAUUAUAAAGAGUUGUCCAUUUCAAUUAAGGAGUUGAUACAUUUGAGAAAUCUCAAUAUUUCUGACACAUCAAUUGACAACAUUCCGGAGUGGAUUGGUGAACUCCACCACUUGCAAACAUUUAGAGCAGAAAUAUUGGAAUUGAAGAAACUGCCAAGUACAUUGAAGUACUUGAUUAAUUUAAGGCAUCUUCAUUUAUGGUCGACAACAGAGUUACCUGCGGAGAUUGGUAAAUUAACUAGUCUUCAAACACUUGGGUACUUUUCAGUGGGCAAAGAAAAGGGUUACCAAAUUGAAGAGCUUGGAAGUUUGAAGAAUCUCAAAGGAUCACUAUGUAUUCAGAAUCUCGAAAGGGUGCGUGACAAGGAAGAGGCUAUGAAAGCAAAUAUGUUGCAGAAGACAAACUUGUCUGGAUUGACGUUUGUAUGGAAUGAGGAUAGUGACGCCGACAGAAAUGAUGAGAGUGUGUUGGAGGGCCUUCAACCGCAUGCAAAUCUGAAGGUGUUGGAGAUUCGAGGAUACAAAGGCAAAACAUUUCCAACAUGGUGUAAGAAGAUGGCAGUACGGAAUGGUUCUCAAGGGUCUUGGGUACCACUUCAUAACUUGAUUGAGAUAUCACUUUGGUAUUGCUCAGAGUGUGAGGAAAUCCCAAUGCUGGAUCACUCAUUACCUAAUCUCAAAUCUCUUUCUUUGGAUAAUUUGAAGAAGGUGAGGUCCAUAAAUUUCUCAUUCAAAAAUUUAAAAUCUCUUUAUAUAAACGGAUUAGAGAGAUUACAAUGUCUGCCAGAAUCGAUUUUCUGUAACAAUCAAAGUCUCUCAAAUUUGUGGAUUGGAGAGUGCCCUGUGUUGAGUGAAUUACCAGAUGGGCUGGACACCCUCAAGUCUCUAGAAGAAUUGACCAUCAGGGACUGUCCAAAUCUGAAGUGGAUCAAGAAUCCAAGUCGUGGAGCAAAAAAAUAUCAAUAUCAAGGAAUCCUCCGCAAGCUGAGAAUUGAAGGGUGCGAGAAGCUAGUGGAAUUUCCACAUCAAGUUCUGGAGUCGUCCGCACCCAAAAUCAAAAUUCUGGAAUUGGAAGAAUUAAGGAGCCUAAAGAAUCUACCGAUGCUAAUUGACUGCCUCGCCAAAUCAUCUCCGUGCCUUGAAGAAUUGACAAUCAGAGGUGUUCCUAAUUUCAUGGCUAGUGGUUUUAUUGAGAGUUGGGAUUUAGGCAGGUUGAAGGAAUUAAAGAUAGAUGUGAGUGUGGAGUGGUCAAGGGAGAAUAGUGUUGCCAUUGGAGAGACAGUGGAAGGCAUGCUGCAAGGAUGUGCCAACUCACUUCGUAUCUUAGUAUUGAAGGGGGUGGAUAACUGGGAGUGGAUGCCCCAAUCAUUUCAACACCUCACUGCUCUUUCUUCGUUGAUGUUAGAGAAUAUAGGGGUACAAGAACUGCCCCAAUCUAUUCAGCACAUCACUACUCUUUUUCUGUUGGUAUUAGAGAAUAUAGGGAUACAAGAAUUGCCACAAUGGUUGGGAAACCUCUCAUCUAUGGAAAUUUUAAUUAUAGUUGGUUGUAAGAAGUUGAGGUGUCUGCCCUCUGUGGAUGCAUUGAAGCGCCUCGCUCAUUUACGUAUUAAAGAUUGUCUAGAACUAUGUAUUGAUUCAGAGUGGCGCAACCAUCCCAAUCUCGACAUCCAGGUUGAUGGCAUCGAUAUUUGAAUGUUGUAGCAAGAAGAUUGCAGAGGUAAAAAUAGAGUCAUUGCAUGUGAAGUGUGGGAUUCAUCACAACAUUCCAAAUUAAAUGCACGCGUGGACAUUGUGCUCUGUCCAGAACAUCAGCCGUUUUAGCAGAUUCAUGAAAUUCAAAUUUAAAUGAGGAAAAGAAGUGUUUUUUUGGCAUUCCAUAAUGCUCCACAAAAUACAGAGAAAAAUAAAAAAAAAAGGUAGAAAAGGGAGAAGAUGAUGAAGCAUUUAAACUCCAUAUCAUUUCAGAGACAAACCACCACCGACAACUGGUGAAUAUCAUGGACUCUACGGUUUGGUUUCAAUACUUAGCAUGUGUGGCUACUUCUUCAUUGUUGCUCCUACCAUUAGUGGGAUUGAAUGCUAUAAUAAUUUGGUGAAAUCCAUAUUUAAACCGUUGCUUUGGUUUUCAUCUAUAGUUAUGAUGUAUUUGAGAUAGUACUGUAUUUUUAUAUAUAUGCCUCUUUUUAAUA